UUGAAGUCUGAAGGAGCUUUCGAGACAACAGAUGGAAAAGUUUACUUCACUGACCAACAGUUCAUUAUAGAACAUCUCAUUGACUUAGAGUCGAAAUAUUCUAAACUUUACAACAAACACAAAAAGUUGAAAGGAAAACAAAAACAAAUGGCAUAUGAUAUUUAUGAAGAUGUUGACGACACAACUGUUCCUGCAAGUGAAGUAAAGUCAGAGGAACCGAAAAGUGACGAAAAACCGAUAGAAGAAGAAAAACCAAAAACUGAAGAUAAACCAAAACCAAAGUUUAGUUUGGAAACUAAACCAAGUCAACCUUCAUUAGCUGGUAUGGGUUGGCGUCAAAGACUUAUGGCAGCAGGCGGUUAUGUAAAGUAA